UUUAGAGAGAGAGAGAGACUAGGAGGGGUGCGAUAUUGCUGCGCAAAGGCAAUUAAAGUCUUGCCGAAGUCUACCCACACGCGCUCACAAUGUAGGAAGCGCUCUCUGAAAACAGAAGACUACUACCACACACACUGCUUACCAGUGACUGAUAUUAUUUGCUUCCAUCUUCGGAGUGUUGAUGGUAAUCCGAUUCAUUGGGGGAAUUUGGGUAUUGAGCAUGGAUGGCUGCUAUCCCCCAGAAAGCGAAAGGAUGGAAGCAUGGCUUGAUGACCACUUGGAGUUCGCUCAUUCCUACUUUGUCAGGAAGGCUACACGGGAGAUGGUGAAUGCAUGGUUUGCUGAGCGAGUCCAUUCCAUCCAGCCCUCCUCCUCCUCCUCCUCCUCCUCCUCGUCAUCCUCCAAAGAAACCCUUCUACCCCAGAGACUCACCCAGCCCUCAGACAGCCCCUGCCUAGCCUCCUCUCUGCCCCCUUCCCUGGGCCUGAACGACAGGCGUUCCCCCUCUCAUUCCUCAGACAGCCCCUGCCUAGCCUCCUCCCUGCCCCCUUCCCUGGGCCUGAACGACAGGCGUUCCCCCUCCCCAGCCCCGCCCCCCAGCCCCGCUCCCAGCACCCCCACCCGUAAGAUCUCUGCAUCUGAGUUUGACAGGCCGCUGAGGCCCAUCGUGGUCAAGGACGCGGAAGGCUCACUAACCUUCCUCUGCGACACCGAACCCGACCGAGGCGACAUCCGGACACCCUUCAGAACCCAGCAGGGAGGGGUCGGGGUUGGUAUCCCCACAGGGAUGAUGGGCGAGGUUGGCAGUGCCCGGGGGUUGGACCGCUGUGCCAGGCUGUUGGAGCUGGUGAGGGAUGUGUCGAGUCACCUGGAAGUGACGGCGCUGUGCCACAAGAUCUUCCUGCACAUCAACGAGCUGAUCACUGCAGACCGCUACUCCCUCUUCCUGGUGGGCGAGGACAGCUCCAACAGGAAGUUCCUGGUGAGCAGGCUAUUUGACGUUGCCGAGGGUUCCACCCUGGAGGAGGUGUCCAAUAGCUGCAUCCGUCUGGAGUGGAACAAGGGCAUUGUGGGUCAUGUGGCGGCCACGGGCCAGCCCCUCAACAUCAAGAAUGCCUACGAGGACCCCAGGUUCAAUGCAGAGGUGGAUCAGAUCACAGGCUAUAAAACGCAGAGUAUCCUGUGUAUGCCCAUUAAGAACCACAGAGAAGAGGUGGUAGGAGUGGCACAGGCCAUUAACAAGAAGUGUGGAGAGAAUGGGACUUUCACUGAACAGGAUGAAAAGGACUUCUCUGCCUACCUGGCCUUCUCCGGGAUCGUCCUACACAACGCCCAGCUCUACGAGACGUCCCAGCUGGAAAACCGACGCAAUCAGGUGCUGUUGGACCUGGCCAGUCUGAUCUUGGAAGAGCAGCAGUCCCUGGAGGUGUUACUGAGGAAGAUAGCGGGCACCAUUCUCUCCUUUAUGCAGGCCCAGGGCUGCACUGUGUUCAUAGCUGACGGAGACGUUAUGAACUCUUUCUCCAGCGUGUUUCACAUGGAAUAUGAGGACCUGGGAGAGGCCAUGGACACCCCCAAAAGCCUGUGCUGGGCUUGGUGUGAGCUGGCCUGUGCUGGGCUUGGUGUGAGCUGGCCUGUGCUGGGCUUGUGUGUGUGUGUGUGUGUGUGUGUGUGUGUGUGUGUGUGUGUGUGUGUGUGUGUGUGUGUGUGUGUGUGUGUGUGUGUGUGUGUGUGUGCGUGCGUGUCUAACAUUCCCCCUAUGUCGGGUCUUGAAGGUGUGUGUCAGUUGGUGAACAAGAUGGACGAGGCAUCGGGGAACGUGAAGUCCUUCAACCGGAACGACGAACAGUUCCUGGAGGCCUUCGCCAUCUUCUGUGGCCUGGGUAUACAGAACACCCAGAUGUAUGAAACAGUGGAGAGAGCCAUGGCCAAACAGGAGGUCACACUGGAGGUCCUUUCGUAUCACGCCUCUGCUGCAGAGGAAGAGACGCGGGCGCUGCAGGUGGCCACUGUUCCGUCGGCCCAGUCUCUGCGCCUGAUGGAGUUCAGUUUCAGUGACUUUGAGCUGUCCGACGCUGAGACCACUCAGGCCACCAUACGCAUGUUUGUAGACCUCAACCUGGUCCAGAACUUCCAGAUGAAAUACAAGAGUCUGUGCCAGUGGAUCCUGAGUGUUAAGAAGAACUAUAGGAAGAACGUGGCCUACCACAACUGGAGACACGCCUUCAACACCUCCCAGUGCAUGUUCGCCUUGUUCAAAUCUGGUCGGUUACAGAGUAAUAUGACUGAUCUGGAGACCCUGGCCUUGAUGAUCGCCACUCUGAGUCACGACCUGGACCACAGAGGGGUCAACAACUCCUACAUACAGAGGAGUGACCAUCCCCUGGCCCAGCUCUACUGCCACUCCACCAUGGAGCACCACCACUUUGACCAGUGUCUCAUGAUCCUCAACAGCCCAGGGAAUCAGAUUCUAAGCAGCCUGUCUCUGGAUGAGUACAAGGCCACUCUGAAGAUGAUCGAGAGGGCUAUUCUGGCUACGGACCUGGCUCUGUACAUGAAGAGGAGAGGAGAGUUCUUUGAACUGACCAAGAACAGCCAGUUUGUCUGGGAUGAUGACUACCAUAAAGACUUACUGAGGUCAAUGCUGAUGACUGCAUGUGACAUCUCUGCCAUUACCAAGCCCUGGCCAGUACAGAAGAGGAUAGCCACGCUAGUGGCUACAGAGUUCUUUGAGCAAGGGGACAAGGAGAGAGAACUCAACAUUGAGCCCAUAGAUCUGAUGAAUCGGGACAAGCAGGAUAAGAUUCCGAGCAUGCAGGUGUCGUUCAUUGAUGCCAUCUGUACACAGCUGUAUGAGACCCUGGCCAGUAUGUCUGAGUCCUGUUCCCCACUACUCGAGGGCUGCCAGAAGAACAGACAGAAUUGGAAGAUUCUGGCUGAACAGGGUGACAAAGACUUCUUCAACGGCGCGGUGUAGACCUGUUUAACGUCUCCUCCAUCCCCACUAUCACUCCAUCCCUCCACCACCCUGAGAAGACAACAUCAACACUAAGCUAUAUUUAUUACCAGAGUAUUUUUUUCAUAUUUUUUUUGCACAAAGUCGACUUGCUACAUGAAGGAGGAGUCACUAUAUUAUAUCUCUCACAGUCGGAGGAAGAACUCUGAAGGUGUGGGUGGCGUGUGCCUGUGGCUACUAUCGGCCUACUGAGCACCAAGGGAUCAAUGUGCCACCAGAGAAAAGACAGGCCUGGGUUCAAAUAGGAUUUGAAAUCUCCUAAAUAUUAUGAGCCUGUCUGAAGUGCCAGAUGGUCAGGCAGGAUUUGUACUUUUGAGACUAUUGCAUUGGUUCCGUUGUACCAAGCAGCUCAAUGAAAGAUUACAAAUACUAUUUGAAACCCAGGCCUUAGCUGAUUGCAUUGGCUGGAAUGGAAUUAAUGGAACGGUAUAGAUGCAACUUACUUUUACCCACCAUAAAGCACCACAAUCAUAAGCUUGUUAGUAAUACCAGCGUAAACUCACUCACCACAUGCUCACAACACAAAGGUUUCGAGAGGACGUUCAUCUUAUGUAACAAUCACUCAUCUUACCUAUUGCAUAUUUAUUUGUUUUAUAUAUUUAUUCAAUUUCUAUACUGUAAGGUCAGUUUCAUGUUGAGAACACACACGUCUCUGCUUUACUGCUUUACUGUAUUUUUACGUAUUGUGUUAUUAUUUGAAUUUUGUAAAUUGUAAACCAAAGACUUGACGUGUGUUCUAGAAGUUCCACUGUCAUCCUGUGAUAUGAUUUCCAAAAACAUUUCCAAAAUAACCCGUUUUGUAUGUACGGCAGAGGUGGCUGGUGGGAGGAGCUACAUGAGGACAGGCUCAUUGUAAUGGCUGGAAUGGAAUUAAUGGAACGGUACCAAACAUAUAGAAAUCACAAGUCGACUUUUUACAAUGAGCCCAUCCUCCCACCUAUAUCCCCUCCAACAGCCUCCUCUGAUGCACAGAUAACCCCACCCCGUAGGCCCUCAUAAUGGACCAGCUCCCUGACCCC